UAGAGAAUGGUGCUUUUGAACAAUUUCGUUCCAGAGCAUCACAACCUUCACAACUAUGGAUAAAAUCCAAAUCAAUAAAUUCAAUAAAUAAAACUAGUGUGGAAAAUUCCGGCAUUUUUAUAAAUUGAGUUAUUUAGAAAUGUAUCAGAGGCUGGAUGAACCAAAACAGCCCACAACUCUUGUGGGCAAAUACAUUAAAGUGUUUUUGGUAGUUGCGUUAUAUUGGUUUGUGUCGAUUCUGACAGUAUUCGUUAAUAAGCAUUUACUUAGCAGUGACAGUGUUAAACUGGAGGCACCACUAUUUGUGACCUGGUUUCAGUGUGUAAUUAGUGCUUUGAUAUGCUUCAUUAUUUCCCGUAUAUCGAAAGUAUAUCCGUCAGUUAUAAAAUUCCCCGAAGGAAAUCCAUUGGACAUUGACACAUUUCGAAAGAUAUUACCGCUCUCGGUACUUUUCACUUUGAUGGUUGGUACGAAUAAUUUGUGCUUGAAAUAUGUUGGUGUGGCCUUCUAUUACGUUGGACGUUCACUGACUACAGUGUUCAAUGUAAUACUAACAUAUAUCAUGCUCAAACAGAAAACCAGCUUUCCCAGCGUACUAUGCUGUGCCGGCAUUGUUGCAGGUUUUAUGCUUGGUGUCGAUCAGGAAAGCCUAACCGAAUCGUUCUCUUGGCGUGGUACAAUAUUUGGCGUUUUAGGUUCAUUAGCCUUGGCCAUGUAUUCGAUACAUACAAAAAAAGCUUUGCAUCAUGUCAACCAAGAAGUUUGGCUUUUAUCCUAUUACAAUAAUGUAUAUUCAUCUAUAAUUUUCUUGCCAUUGAUUAUUUUAAACGGUGAAUUAGAAGCUAUAAUAACAUAUCCAAAAUUAUUUGAAUUUUGGUUUGUUCUAACGAUGUUGAUUGGAGGCAUGUGUGGAUUUUCCAUUGGCUUUGUUACAGCGUUACAAAUUAAGAUAACCUCACCUUUAACGCACAAUAUUUCAGGCACAGCCAAAGCCUGUGCACAAACUGUGAUAGCCACUCAAUGGUAUAAUGAAAAUAAAUCACCUCUAUGGUGGACUUCAAAUUUCGUAGUCUUAGGAGCCAGUGCAGCCUAUACUCGUGUUAAACAAUUGGAAAUGCAAAGGCAACAUAAUCGCACAACAGGAACCAUGACACAAAAAGCUUGAUAGCUACUUACGCGACAAACAUGCUGCAAUUUUUAGGCAUAAUACCAAAUCGAUUGUACAUUAAGACAGGUUUUAGGCUAUAUAAGUUCGUUUAUGUAUAUAAGAAAGAACAAGUAUUUCAUUCCCACAAAACUUUAUACAAAAUAAAAUACACGAGAAAAUUUGUGA